AUGGCUGUUCUUGCUCCUCCGGACUGGCAAUAUUCCCCUCGAGAUUCCACAAUGGAUGUCCCCGCCAACUCACGCCAGCAGCGUUCUUCGCCAGCGAAUGAUCAUUCGCCCUCCUCGGCACCAACCGCUCAAAUACAACAGAAUCUCCAACAGCAGCUACAUCUGUCACAACAGCAGCAACCACACCCCCAACCUGCCUAUACAUACCCGGUCCAGCAACAACCACAGGGCAGUUGGACUCCCUCCAUUGCCGCAGCGCCUUUCUAUCCUUCUUUUUAUCAACCUCACCAACAACAAUCGCCGCAAUCGUACUCGGCUCAAAUUCCACAGCAACCGCCUUAUUUUGAUCCCGCAAAUGCUCAGCUAGCACAGUGGGCCUAUCAACAGAUGAUGUUCAAUGCUCAACAUGGGUUUCAGCCAAUGACUUCACAUCAUUCUCCCGCUCAAAGAACCGGCGCGACCACGUCAGGACCACAUGAUUAUUUUACCCAAAAUCAAACACCUUCUCCUUUCAAUCCCUUUCCAAGCGGCACACCACCCCCGCAUAGCCAUAGAGGUGGCGCAGGCGACCAUCAACAUCCGGGGCAACAAAAUGUACAAUAUCCGGGAUUUCAUCCUUAUAGACGUCCUAACCGCCAAGCUCAACACCCUUCCGAGGGCAAUGAGCGGCGUACUGCCAUUGGUCAGACUCCUCAACCGCCAUACGGACGUCCAGAUGCAUCGGGCUCGACCUCGUCCGUAAAUUCGUCAAAUGGUCAGCGCCAGAGGACCAAUAGCAACCAAAGCGCUCACAGUAGCCAUAACGCGCCAUCACCGACCUCCAGUUCCCGCGGCCGAAGCAAUACUCCAUCAGGAACCUCAGCACCGAGCCCUGCCAGAAGUUCUUCCUCAACCGCGUCAACAUCGGCAACUCCAGCUCCGAGUCCUCUACGGACCACGCACCACCGAAACUCCUCGUCCUCCUCCUCUACGUCUACGGCUCCUUCGACGCGUCCUUCCGCUAUCACUCCGGCUUUACCUACAACGGCCACUUCGGCAGCGUCAACGACGGCGACUGCAGCGGCAGCGUCAAACCCACGGACAAUGCGUCCAUCACCGCUAUCACAGGGAAAUUUCACAGCAGCGGAGAAACGAAUGUCCCGGGAUGACAGUGAUUUGGCAGCUAUGCUUGAUCCCACGCCUAGCGCUAUCGUGUCACGCAGUGGCGGCCUGAAAUCAAGGUUGCGACGUGCCUUAUCGUUCAACGCUGCUCAAGCUCUCAAGGAGGAGGAAGUAGAGGAUGACGAUGAAUCGAUCAAAGCAUCAGCGAUUAAUGGUGGGGCAAGUUCUAGCAAAUCCAAAUCGAAGACGUCUGCUACCACUCAAGCGAUCAUUGGGUCGGAGAAUGACGGCGUAGAUGAUGGGGCUUCAGCAGCUACGGUGCAAACAAAAAAGAAAGGCCGAGCAGCUUCUCUGUUUAAUUCUCGCUUCAAUGCUAGCACUGAUAAUAUCUCACUCUCGUCCACUGUCAGCAGCGCGAGCGUCAUGAUACGAAAACUUGGAUCUAUGGGUAAGCUAGCGAGGAGAAACUCGUUGGCUGGGAUAACCUCUCUGUUCAAGGACAAGGACAAGGACAAGGAUGGGGAAGGAAAGGACAAGAAAGGCAAGAAGAAGGAUAAAGACAAAAAAAGUUCUGCUGGAGCUAAAGGAGAGGCCAGCGUGGCCAGCGUCUCGCAUGUCACUGCGGAAUUGGAUAGGACGAGUAGCGGCGAUUGGACCGUUGGAGCAGAUAUGAACGGUUUGAGUCCUGCGGCCAAACUUGCGAGACAGCACACUCUCAAGAGUAACGCCGAGGCUGCUGCAAAAGCAAAAGCGCAACAAGAAGCCUCAGCGGCUGCGAUAGCUGCUAGUGCGAAGCCGAAUGGGGCUGACAUGAUAAACGGGGCCGGCGUACCUACGUGGGACAAGAAUACAGCAACAGGUCAAGGAUCAGCGUCCCCCAUCAAACUACGGCCUGGGAUUCGAGUCAACGAAGACGGGACGCGGGUCUUGGUGGAGGACGAUGAUGAGAGUGACGAGGGACACUAUGGACCUCCGCAACCUUCCCAAAGUUUCCACGCCGAUGGCUGGGACGAUGAUGAGGAUUGGGAUGUUGAGGGCGGGCAUGAACAAGAUGAAGAUGUGACGAUCAGGGUCGGACUCGAAAGGACAAGCUUGGACGAUGAAGGUUAUGGUUACGGCGCCUAUCAAGAAGAGCCGGAACCUUGGGCAUUGGAUGUUAGAAGGAGCGUUGAACGAACUCGAACACCGACGAAGGGAAUUCUAAAAUAUGCCGGAACCUAUAACCAACAAGCAUACCUAGCAGAGGUGUCCAGUUCGAAUCGUGCGCGUUCAAAUUCGUACAAUUCGCCAGGCGGUCAGUCGGAGUUGGGCCCACUGGCACGCAUGCCUUCGCCAGACCCGGAUCAUAUCGAUGGGCUACAACGCCAUGGUCAUACUUCCUCUGCAGUAGAAACGCAGGCCCCUUCCAUCCCACCUCUAUCCUUUGAAUCCCCAUCCCCGCUUGAAGCUUCAUCUGGUAAAUCCAAGGAACUACCUGAAACACCACACCCAUCCCACCCUCAGGAUAGGAGCUCCGCCAUUUUCCAGCAUCCCAACUUCAACUCAUCGGCACCUGCUUUAUCCACGUUCACCUCCUUUCCGCCUACGCUUUCGCACCGAUCGGCAACGGCUCCGAGUAAACGGCUAGCAUUUGCGAGCAACCUUUCUGUUUACGACACUUUCGCCGCAUCUGUAUAUGACCGUAGGAGCGAACCAGCGACAUGGAGCCGACUUACGCCUGCCUUGGCCCAAAGGAUAAAAGAGGAACUUAAUUCCUACAAAAUGGAGGAGAUGGAAGUGCAUGCUGCUAGUCGGAUUCACACCCAAUUCUUCGUCUGA